CUGUGCUGCUUCAUCUUCGCAGGCAAUGAUGGAAGAAAUCGCGGGCUUUGAAGAGCACCUGAACAACCUUAAAAUCAAAGGAGACACUUUGAUCGGCCAGUGUGCGGACCACCUGCAAUCAAAGCUGAAGCAGAGUGUGCAUGCUCACCUGCAGGGUACAAAAGACAGCUACUCAGCACUCUGCAGCGCCGCCCAGAGGGUGUAUCGGAGUUUGGAAUAUGAGCUUCAGAAGCAUGUCAGCCGACAAGACACGCUGCAGCAGUGCCAGGCGUGGAUCUCUGCAGUCCAGCCAGACCUGAAGCCCAGCCCGCAGCCACCUCUCAGCAGAGCAGAAGCCGUUAAGCAGGUCAAGCACUUCAGAGCUUUGCAAGAACAGGCCAGGACCUACUUGGAUCUCCUUUGUUCCAUGUGUGACUUGUCAAACUCUUCUGUGAAAAUGCAACAAAAGAAUUCAACAAACAGAGCAACUG